CAAGCCCGUGUGUGGAAAACAAAGAGUCCUAGCUGUUGAGUCGGGAGAGGGAGGUGAGUGAGCUGGAGGAAAAGGUGAGGGAGGGAGAGGAGAGGAGGGAGAGAGGAGAGGAGGAGAGGGAGACCAUUAUGUCACCCUUCAGGAAAAGAUAUCAUCACUAGAGAAUGAGCUACAGAUCCAAUCUAAGGCACUUGAGGAGCAAGUGGCUCAACACGACACAGUCAUAGCUCAGUUGGAGGGAAAACUAGAGAAUGAAACCAAACUACACCAGGAGCUGAAUGGCUUCAGGGAUAAAGUAAAGUCACUAGAGGAAAAAUUGGAGACUGAAGGCAGUGAGAGAGCAAGACUUGAGGCUGAGGUCACCAGUCUCACCACCUACCUGCAGCAGAAGGUGGAGUAUGCCAGUUCAAUAGAGAGUCAGUUGGAGUUGAAGGAGGAGAUGUUAGUGGCAGUCCAGAACAAUCUACAGAGAUGUCAGGAAGACUACGAGAAGAUGAGUGCAGAGUUUGAGGCAAAGCUGGAGCAGAAAGACCAGACACUAGAGGAGGAGAAGCAGAAGAUUGAGGCUCUGGAGAUGGAAUUAGAAGGAGCUCGCAAUGAUUUCAACGACCUUCACCGUCAGUUGGAUGUGGCAGAGUCCCAGAUACGCGAGGAGGAGCAGAAGAGGGCGUCGGCUGAGGAGUCACUGGUUGACAUGAGGGACCAGUUGGCAGGGGUCAAGAGUGCACUGGGGUCACAGGUCAUGGAGCUGGACGGGCAGCUGAAGACCAGUCAACAGCAGUGCUCACAGCUGUCUCAGGAGAAGGCGAUUCUGCAGGAGAAUCUUGCAAGCAUUCAAAGAGACUUGAAAGAACUUGUAAAAGAAAGAGGGGAAUUGGAGGUGUCCCUGUCAUCAGCGAGGGAGGAGGCGGGGAGGAGGGAGAGGGAGUGGGAGGAGGAGAGGGAGAGGAGGGAGACAACUGAACAAGGUCUCAACCAACAAGUCAGCCAGCUCCAGACCAGCCUCUCGUCUGUGCAAAAGGAAAAGGCAGAGAUUGAAACAGAGAUGGUGCAGAUGAAACGAGAGCUGGAGAAGAAGGUGACUGAAAUGAGUCAAGACAUUUUGUCCCUCCAGAAUGACCUGGCAGGGAAGGAGGAGUCACUGAGGGAGGUGAGGGAGGAGAAGGAUAGGGGAGAGAGCCAGCUGGCGGCUCUGGGGAGCAACCUGGCCUCGGUCAGACAGCAGCUGGAGGGAGAGAAGAGGAGGGGGAAGGAGAUGGAGAGGAGGGGGAAGAUGCUGGACACUCGUGUGGAAGAGCUUACUCUCAAGAUUAAAACACUUCAGGACGAGCGCAGAGCAUUGCUAGAAAAGGUAGUGGGGGAGGAGGAGAGGACAAGUGAGGCUCAUCAGCUGAACGCUGGUCUCCAGAAACAGGUCCAGCAGUUGGAGGCAGCCCUCCAGGAACUGGGUAGAGAACAUCAGACACUCCAGGUCUGCCACACUGUUGGCUUUUACCAUACUCUGUGCUUAGGCUUGUAAUGGUGUGUGUACUACUAUGGCGGGAUAAGAUUCUUCUCCAAGUUUAUUUACGGAAACACCCUUCUUGUACAGAAAAGGCAAAAGCACCAAAAGUGGCCCUGGGUGGGUUUAGAACCCACAGCACUUUGCCUUGUAUGGCCCCUCUGAUAAGCCUGGUACUUGCAAAUAGUUGAAUGUGUGGAUGAAGAUCGGUCAUGGCCUAAUAGUGGUGGUUGUGUGUAGGUGAUGCAGGCUAGAGCCAGUGAGAGGAAGUGGGAGAGUGAUAGAGACGCCACUGCCUGCUCGGGCUGUGGCAAGAAGUUCAGUGUCAGUGUCAGAAAGCAUCACUGCCGGAGCUGUGGGUGAGUUUCACAGAAAACCACACACUUUUUGUGCCUUUGCCACGAUAGUUGCAUGCGCGAUGGCCAGAGACUAUUGUCAUUGUCAUUGUGUGCUCUAGAUAGCCGCUAACCAGCAGACCACCAACUCAAUGGAUGAUUUGCAAAAAUGUUGAAAACGUGUUUUUUUUUAACAUGGUCCCUU